CAAAUCUAAACGAAAAUAAACAAUACAAAAGCCUGACUCUCUUUUUGAAACUGAUCUACCUGUUGUUACCUGUUGUCAUUUCUUCGGUUGUAAUACAUUCUUGAUCCAUUUGUUUAUAACAAUUAUGUACAAGGAACGAUUAAAAACAGGAUUAUUUGUAUAAUGAAUAAACAUAUUUUGUAAGCUCGCACCUUGGUCGAAUUAGAAAGGAAACAACACCGACCCCUGAUCAAAUAACUACAUCAGCUGGACAUCACCUUUGAGAUUCACACUAAUUUUAAAUAUGGUUAUUAUUAAAGACUCCAAGCGAAGAUUUUAUUUCUCUGGCAUUGCCUUUACGCUUUUGGCAUUACUUUUUAAGAUAAUUGGAUUUUCAACUUCGUAUUGGGUUAACCAAAGUGGUGAGAAACCGAGCCGUAUUGGACUUUGGGAAGUUUGUUAUCGAGAAUACACCCCAUUAGGAGCUAAAAAGAUAUUCACUGGAUGCUGGUGGUUGUAUUCUGACAGUCUCUCAUCCGUGAAGGAAUAUGUUUUACCUUCAUGGUUCAUCUCGGUGCAGGUUAUGAUCAGUUUGACAUUCCUCUUACAAGGGCUGGUUGCCGUUUUCCUUCUCUGCGUGCUCAUCCAUUGCUGUCCAAUCCAUGUCAAACCUUUAAUUCUCACGUUAUCAAGUAUUGUCAUGUUUCUCUGUGGUCUACUAAUUACAAUAUCCUUGAUUGUGUUUGGAGUGAAGUCUGAAGAUCGACAGUGGAUGCCACGUCCUGAUCAGAACUACUUAUCCUGGUCUUUUGGUAUUUGUGUACUCUCUGGCUUCUUCUCCCUGUUUUCAGCAAUGUGCUUGCUUGUGGCAAGCAUCAGUUCCUCACGUGACCAGAAUGUGGACUCUAAAGCACAUCGUAUGCGACGCUAUUAACAUGCAAAUAACAGUGGAAAAAAAAUAUAUAACUUGAAAGACAAAUCUAAGCGUUAUAUUUGCUUCUUUCUAACUUUUCUAAUUUCAUAAUGUAUUUGUCUUGGAGGUUUUGUGGACAUCUAUUUCCUGUUUGCAUCAACACCGCUCCCAAGAUCUGACAAAUUCUGGCAAACCAUCUUUUGUAAAUAUAUUCUUUUACCGAUCUUUUGUAUACAAAAAUGAAAAACAACUUCAUAUAUUUUUUAAUGUUUCAUCU